AUGAAAAUUGUGAGAACAGUGUGUUGUGUGUCGACGCUCCUAAUAUUUGUGCGCGGUGUUCCAUUAGGAGAAGAAAAUGAGCUGCAAAAUGAAAUUCACGAAGGACAACGAGCUUCGGAGGAAUCAAGAGGAUAUUUUCAAUCCAUUACAGACACAGUGAAAGAGUACACUGUCAAUAAGGUGCUGAAUAUGUUUAAAACUAUGCCUGUCGAAUGCAAGUCAAAAAUCAACAAAUCCGGAAAAUUAAUCGCUACGAAGAAUGGAAAAAAAUUCUGCGAAAAAACGUGCCUUGAGAUUUAUGAAAAGAUAGAUAAUGCGAAAAAAACAAUAAAUGCGAUAAAAAGUUAUCUUCCAUUUGCGCAAACUUUGGAAUUAAAACCAAGACGUCAUCAAAACUCACGUGUAUUCAAAUGCGCUCGAAAUCUCACUGGAACCAAACUCAUAUGCGAUUGCCCACAAGCUCCUCAAUUCAAUUUUGGUAAAUCGUUGAAAAAUUAUUUGGAAAAAACAUUUCUAAAGCCGUCUGCAGCAGCAAGAGAUAAACAUAAAUACUACUAUCCUCCACCAUACUACGGAUACGGAUACAAUAACGGUCCUUUUGGUUCUUAUGGCUCUUACGGUCAUCACGGUCAUCCUUGGGGGUACGGCUUUAAUCCUCUCGGAGAAUUAUUUUCAAUGAUUUUUGCUCCUUUGAAAAUUUUAUUCUUCAUUGUCACGCUACCUUUUUGGAUUUUCCUUUUAGUAUUCCUCGGAAUGGAAUUAGAUGAUAUUUUUGACUAACAAUACUCGUAUUUUGAAAUAAAAACAUCAAAAAUAGAAAAUUAUAAAAAAUGGACAUUUUAUUUUAAAUGGCAUAUUGUGGUCUCACUCGUCAAGAAAUUGUUGGUAACAUCUCAGGUAUAAAUUGUAAGCACAUCUAACAUAUUAUGUACAUGUAAAUACAAUAGGUCUACAUUGGUAAAUAGGUAGGCUAUACAAAAUUAAAAUUUAAUGAGAUGAUGAUAAUCAUAGUACUUAUAAUACUAAAAAUUCGAUGAUAGGUAGGUAAGCGUACGAGGUAUGCUCGAAAAAAAAACAA